CUUUUGGAAUGGGAAUCGCUUUGGAUGCUUUAACCCUGAAAUGGAGGAAUAUGUGGAAAUUCCAAGUGAUAGUGGAAUCUCAUUCAACGUCCAGCCAAAGAUGAAGGCAUUGGAGAUUGCUGAAAAGGCAAGGGAUGCUAUUCUGAGCAAGAAGUUUGAACAGGUACGUGUUAACCUACCCAAUGGGGACAUGGUGCGGCAUACUGGUGACAUUGAGGCCACAAUUGUUGCUUGCAAGGCUGCUGAUCAAGCUGUCAAGGUUCCCAUUGCUAUUGGAGGCCACGGACUGGCACCUGGUUUUCGGUUCCGCAAGGAUCUUCCGAGUGGUGGUCUUGCCAAUGUUGCUGCAACUAUGAUCAAUCUGCAUGGAUUUGAGGCCCCUUCCCAAGAGAACAUAGGGAAAAGAAUUCUCACUCUAUUAUUUCCUAAAUUUUGAUGUUACGUUACAGAUGCCCAUUCAAAGAGGCAUUGACUUCCCUUAUUUUUGUUAAAUAAGUUUGAAAAACUAUGUUUGCUCACAGCUGCUGUGAGAGUACUGGGAUUUGGAGAUGACACAAUAGUUGAGAUGAAAAUGGAUUUUUGCUA